AUGGCUGCGGAAUCCGAGAGGCCGCCUCACCUUAAUGGUGCCUCCGGAUCAUCCAGAGGUGCCAAGAAUGCAGAGGAGGCAUCGGAUGCUGUGCAUCGGUCGACCAGCGAAGAUGCGGCAACUGAGCGCUCGUCUGUUAAAUCCCAGUCCCAGCCCAUGUCCCAGGUGCCCAGGCUUUCUCCAAGUAUUACGAACCCUUCCGCGCCUGCGUCUGCUACGAACUCCGCUGUCUCCUCCCGCGAUUCCUCUCCGGUCCGAUUUUCCUCACGUCCCGUUAAUCACUCCCCGACCCGAGUGUCCUCUCAAUCCCGAAAGGCUAGUCAAGACCGAUCAAGCCCAACUCGAACCUCGAACGGUCCAACAUCUGUCCCGCUCGGAUAUUCUACAACUUUCAAUAACCAGCGAUCAUCGUCUUCUCCGGUGAAACCUCUUGUCCUCUCCGCCCCUCCCGAGUCGCUGGCCAAUGUUGCCAGUCCAGAAAAGUCCAACAUGCCAUCGUGGGCCGGGAGCCGUCGCGCAGAUUUGGAUCCAACUCUUGCGAAUACUUCACAUAAGAGAUCAUCGCCGACUGAGGAUCAGGUCACAAAGGUCGAUCGAAGCACGCCUCGGGCUGUCACUAGGGGGGGCAGUGGACAAGGGUCCUCCUUGGAAACAGUCGAAGAGAUGGCUAGCAAUCCUUCGACCCCAUCCAGUGAAAGCGCCGCUAAGCCGGUCACCCCGGAGGAAUCACGGUUGCACCGGAUCGACGAGAACCCAACUCCGCGUCCCUCACAGCAAAAUACAGGGAGUGGCAGUGACAGUGGAGAGAACCGGAGCUCUGGAACAAAGGAAGAGCCUCGUUCUCAAGCAUCCGGGGCGGCGAAACCCCCCGGAACUCUUAUGCCAAAGCAAUCAACAACAUCCCUUAGUGCCGGUGCUCGCGGAAAGCCUGCUGAUGGCUCCGUCCGCAAUAUGACCGUGGAAACGGAGACAGUCAGCUCCAUUCCGCAGGUCUCUCUGGGUGUGGGCGCUGGAGAGCGAGGCAACGCUUCUCGUGCUGACCAGGGCACCCUUCGCAUGAAGCCUUCUACCGAAACAAUUCGCCCGCGCAAAGAGAAGAAGAAAAACCGCCGCCCCAAUACCAUCCAAACGGGGCCUGCAACCAGCAAAGCGGAUAUAUUUGAAGCCAAAGUGGCUAAUGCAGUUGACGAGGCUGAUGUCUCGGAUUCCGACGAAACCUUCGUUUACGAAUCUAACCCACCUGACCCCUAUCCUUCCCGACCCUCUCGUUAUCACUCCCGGACGCCGAGUGCAACAUCCAUGGCAAGCCAAGUGGAUCAGCUGGCUGGCCGUGCACGAGGAUUGCGGGACGGUGCUCAUAGCGUGACUAGCAAGCGGAGCAUGAAGUUCACCAACAACACCUACAAUAGCAGUAUUGACGGUGAUGCUCCCGAGAUUGAGGGGAGUCGCAAUGGUUCCAGAGUCAGUGGAAGCGGAACCAUCACUCCACGGCAUCACAAUAUCGGCCGCCACGGACGCAACGGCGUCCACCCAGGUCUCUUCGAUAAUGACAACACACCUUUCCCCCAAUCACAGGCUCAACCUAAAUCCCCAAGACAUUUCAUUGGGAAUGGAUAUCGGCACUCGCGCCACAGCAAUACUCGCUCGUCUCCCAACUAUAAAACCAUUAAUGGUACGAAGAAGGCCGGUGAGCUUUACGGCUAUGACUUUGACGCAGAAGGCGCAGACGAUGAGCGCACCCCCUUGGUUGGCACGCCACGUGCAGUUCGCAGCCGUCAUGGCCGAAGACCAAACAGCGCAAGCCUGCGGCAGAUGGAGUAUAUGGCGCAGCGCCAACGCGGAUAUUUCUCCCGAUACGGCUCAUGCGCCAUGAUACUUCUUUUAUUGGUUAUUGUGGCUGGUGGUGCCACAUCGUUUAUUGUAGCGGCAACCCAGCCUCUAUUGGAUGUCCAAGUCGUUGCUAUUCAAAACGUCCUUGCAUCAGAGCAAGAGAUCAUGUUGGAUCUGAACGUGGAAUCAGUCAAUCCAAAUCUGUUCCCUGUCACUAUCGAGGAUACAGAUAUCAACAUCUUCGCCAAGAGCCGCUUUGUCGGUACUGACAAGCUCUGGCGUGAGCAUGAUGACUUGGAUAACUUCCCACGUGUGGAGCAAAGUCGGCGUCGCUGGCAGCUGUCGCAGACCGUGCGCUGCCUUGGAAGUGUGGAGUGCAUUAAGGAAGCCAUGCCAGGCCACUCAUCACCGCAUACCAACGAUGGUGUUGACAAAGGAACCGAUCCGCCAAAAGACCCAGAAGGCGACUCCCAGACUAUGCUCCUUGGUCGUGUGUUCCACUUCGACUCGCCACUAUCUUUCGAGUCCUCGCCAUGGAACCAUCUCACCUCCAGCUCGAAAGGACAGAUUCGCUUAGCUCGGCCCGGGAACAAAACCGAGGAAGGAGGCACGGAGCGCUGGGAGCGCGUCCUACAACACCCCUUUGAACUGAUCGUUCGUGGCGUCGUCAAAUAUCAGCUCCCGCUGAGCUCCCAUUACCUGUCAGCGUCUAUCAGCUCCAGCGUCAAGUAUGUCCCAGAUAAUGAGGAUACGGACCCUGAACAACCACCCAGCAACGACACAGCCCGCAUUACGCUGGCGAAAAGAACCACGCCACCUCGAUAG